UUGACUCUGGAACGUCCACAGAGGCUCGGCUCUUGCAGUUCAGGAAACUACACUAGCACUAGGGCCAUGUGGCCGCAGUCUGGGAGGAGAAGAACGAAAGAAAGAAAGAAAGAAAAACUUUGAGACUAUUUGCUGCCUGUUGUAAGCCACUGGUGCAGUACAUGAAGCCCGCAGCUCAGCUGAACGACCGGUUGCACACAGAGGUCGGAGGGACAUGCUCUGGACCCAGGAAGACUGGAAGAAUCAUCACAGGCAGGGAUCACCCAUCAAAAAUUUGGUUUUCCAACACAAGGGCAUGGACUAGUAUCAAUCCUCUCCACCUCUAAGGGAAAGGGCUGCACAUGGGCAGAACCCUACAGAAGAUCCUCAUCCUUGGCCCUGCUCAUCAGGUGCACCUUGCCAGCUGAAGGGAUUUUACACACAAGACAGCUUUGCUCUGGAACAAGUACCGUCAGCUGUCCUAACACACUUAUUGUUGUUUGUUGCUGGCUGAGAUGGUACUUUGUGCAGCCAUGACUCCUACAACUGCACUGGUGUUGGUAUGGAUACUGCUAGUUGGCCAGGUGGAGGCCCAGGGGACUGACGGUGCUGGGCAGCCCUGGAGGCAGAUGAUCCAGUGGGAGAACAACGGGAGGCUGUACAGCCUGCUCAACAGUGGUGCUGAGUAUGUCCCCGCCAGGGCCCAGGAACAAGAGAACGGUCACCGUGUGCUCUUGGCUGAUCAGCCACCCAGCUCAUCCCGCAGGCCCCAUGGAGGCAAUGUGCGUCGGCAAGCUCCCCCGAGGAGCCGGUCCGAGACGCUGCGAGGUCAGACCCGGCACCCCUAUGGAUUUGGACAGGUGCCAGACAACUGGCAGCAGGGGACAGCAGGCGCUAGUGAUGCUGGCAGUCGUCUACAGCCGUCCUCCAGUGCCCGUUUCAGAGCCUCUAUGGGUUCUUCGUCAUCAUCAUCGUCAUCAUCAUCAUCCACAUUCUCAUCAUCAUCAGCUUUCCCUCAGCCUCCUUUCAGUGGGCCAAACUACCCACAGUACCCCUUUCCUGCAGCCUUUGACCCCAGUGUUGAGGAUACAGCAGGCCGGGGGUUCGAGCCACCCUUCCAGAGAGGGACUUUCUAUCAAGCUGGCACAGGAGGACAGUAUGGGGGGGGUGGCUACUCGGACAGGGUAUACGGCGGUGCAGGUCUGGCACCACUCUCGCCACGCUCUCAACCAGACUAUGGUGAGGACAGUUACCGUUACUACCAGCCCUUCGUGGGAACCCAGGCAGAGCCUCCUUUCUCUGACAGGCUGGAUCGCAGAUACAUGCACAGCCUGUACAACGAAGAGCCUGCAGCCCCUGACCCAGCAUCCCCGGAGGUGGACAGUAUGCCCUUGCGCAGCCCCCAGUACGAACAGUUCCCCCCCUUUGGCAGAGUGCAGCCCCAGCCACCCUUCGUCCAGCCUGUACCUGCAGGCAGGAACCCCCUCUCCCCCAACACCGCAGAUAACCCCAGCACCGGUGUGGUGAGUGGGUACCGGCCACAGCAGAGAGGGUUGCCCGACCUGGUCCCGGACCCAAACUACGUGCAAGCCUCUACAUACGUCCAGAGAGCCCACCUGUACUCCCUCCGCUGUGCUGCAGAGGAGAACUGUUUGGCCAGCUCCGCCUAUGGCUCCGGUGUGACCGACUAUGACACCCGGGUCCUGCUGCGCUUCCCUCAGCGGGUGAAGAACCAGGGAACAGCUGACUUCAUGCCCAACCGACCCCGACACACAUGGGAGUGGCACAGCUGCCACCAACACUACCACAGCAUGGAUGAGUUCAGCCAUUACGACCUUCUGGAGGUCAGCACGGGCCGCAAGGUGGCCGAGGGCCACAAGGCCAGUUUCUGCCUGGAAGACACCACGUGUGACUUUGGCCACCUGAAGCGCUAUGCCUGCACGGCGCACACUCAGGGCCUGAGUCCAGGUUGCUAUGAUACCUACAAUGCUGACAUUGACUGCCAGUGGAUUGACAUCACAGACAUCCAGCCUGGGAAGUACAUCCUUAAGCUUCAUGUGAACCCGAAGUACAAAGUGCUGGAGUUGGAUUUCACCAACAACGUGGUGCGAUGUAACAUUCACUACACGGGCCGCUUCGUCACCGCGACCAACUGCAAGCUGGCGCAAUCUUGAUUGGACUCGCAGCAGACCGCCCUGCAUUACGGUGCAUGCACCGCUCUGACCUGUGCCUCUGGAGCCAGUCCGUUUGGUGCGUUGGAUGGGCGCGAACACUUAACCAGCAAGGAUGCGUCAAGGUUUGGCAGCAGUUCGACGCACGCUCGAGAUGGCAUUUCAGCAGGGCUCACCGGUUCUUUUGGAACAAGAGACCUCAGUGUUCACCAGUUAAAAUGAACUAUUACAAUAAGCUCUUGUCAUGUUUACAUGUUUUGUCUUUGCAUUCUUGAUGGAUACAUUUGAGGGCCAACAAAAUGGAGCUGAGAGGUAUGAAGAUGCUAAGCCCCUCAUGGGCCAUGUUUUCACAGUUGAGCCCCUGCUGUAAAAGGUACUCUGGCCUUCAUCCUGGGUUCUCAUUCAGCUAACACACCUGGAACAGACCUGAAACACACCUCAAACAUACCUAAACACACUGCAGAGCUAACUUUGUCGGUACUGAUGUGUGUGUACAUAGAAGUCCUUCCAGACUUGAAAAAUGUCCUUAAAUUAACAGGAUUUUAACUUUAUUUCAGAAUUUCCUUUUGCCACGAGCACUGAAGCCAACAUUUUGGUCAUCAUCACCGUUGUAGGAAUGUACAUAUUUUACCCACCGAGGCAUGUACUUUUUUGAUCCUUUGAGUUUUUUGUGUUCUUUAUUCUCUUUUGAUUGCUUUUUUAAACCAGAACAAGAUCAGUCCAAGUUCAGUUUUGAAGAUCUUUGGUACUGUGUCUGACCUUUCGCUGGUCUUGUGAAAAGGAGAUUCAUACUUGUCAGGUUUGAUUGGUACUUCAGCAUGUCCAGCAGCUUUAGCUGUAGCCCAUAGCGUAGGGAGGGCAAGUGCUGCUGGAAUUCAUUCGAGACCAUUUCGGCUGCAAGGCCUGAAGCUGCAAAGUGUCUUUACCUGCCUCUCAGUAAAGAGUUACUGUUUUCGGUGCACGGUUUAGGCCACAGAUCCUUGUCGAGAAUUAUCAUGAGUCACUCUGACCUCUCAUAACCAAUUUUUCUAAACACGUCCACACACUUGAGCAUCUUUUGAACAUGUUCUCCAUGCAUUGUGGGAGAUAAACUGUAGUACAGACUUUUUUCUAUUGCACACUGUUUACAUAUAUAUUCCAUUUACCAAUGGACAGCUUAUUACUUUGUCUAUGCAAUGCUUAAUCGAGAUUUUCCGACAUUCAGGGGACUCGCUAAGGUGUCGCUUUACCAUGAGUUCAGGACCUUAGAGGUGAGGGAUUCUUGAUGUUUGUCAAGUCCCAGACAAUCCUUGACAUGAUUUGUUUCAACAUAACUUGUUAAAAAUCUGUCACUGUGACGAAUUUGCUUGAAAUAUGUUUGGUAUUCCUUAAAG